CCCUCUCUCCCGUCCUUUCAGGUCACCCGCCACCCUCCAUCCUCCGUCCCGGUGGCCUCGGGGUGCCAAUGUUCUGCCAGGAGGGUGCCAAGACCCCGAUAGCGCCCAAAACCCGCGCGGGAGAUGCAGAAAACCAGCCCGUACUACGAGAGCUCGGCGCUUUUCGGGGGUUAUUCCUACGCCAAUGGCUUCUACGACGCUCCUCAAGGUUCYUUCCAACCCUCCGCGCACGUGGAGGGCGAUUUUCAGCGCUCGGCGUGUUCGCUGCAAUCUUUGGGCAACGUGGGUACGCAAGGGAAGGUUAAAGAAAUCAACGGGAGCUGCAUGAGGGCCGGUUUGGUGACRGAAACGGCGGAGUCGCCCAAUGGCAAUGACAACAACAAUGGGCAAAGCGGGGUUGGUAAAGGAGCGGCGGGUAAAGCCGGGUUUAGCGCCAACGCCAGCCUGGCUAAGCAGAUCUUCCCCUGGAUGAAGGAGUCGAGGCAGAAUUCCAAGCAGAAGAACGGCUCGCCCGGGGCAGAAUCCUGCGGYGGYGGCGGWGGAGGAGGAGGAGGAGGAGGAGGAGGUGAAAAAAGCCCUCCGGGCUCUUCGGCGUCCAAGAGAGCUCGCACCGCCUACACCAGCGCUCAGCUGGUGGAGCUGGAGAAGGAAUUCCACUUCAACCGCUACCUGUGCCGGCCGCGGCGCGUGGAGAUGGCCAACCUGCUGAACCUCAGCGAGCGCCAGAUCAAGAUCUGGUUCCAGAACCGCCGCAUGAAGUUCAAGAAGGAUCAGAAAUCCAAAGGUGUCGGGGGUUCCUCGUCGGGGGGUCCCUCCCCGGCCGGGAGCCCCCCGCAGCCCAUGCAGACCUCGGCGGGUUUUCUCAACGCUCUUCACCCGUUGGGUGCUCCCUACGAGGCGCCGUCGCCGCCGGCUUUUGGGAAAGCUCAGCCUAACGCCUACGCCGUGCCCGCCGCGGGCUACCCGGCCCCGGCUAAAGGUUGCCCGGCUCAGCAGAAAUACUCGGGCGAGUACGAGCCGCACGUGCUGCAGGGCAACGGGGUGGGCUACGGGACCAGCGGCGGCGUGCAGGGCAGCCCCGUCUACGUCGGAGGGAAUUUUGGGGAGCCCAUGGGCGCCUCGGGCCCGGCUCUUUACGGCCUGGGCCACCUGGGCCAGCAGCCGGCGGCCGGCAUGGACUACGGCGCGGUGGCCACCGGGCAGCCCCACGGACCGUGCGAGGGCCACCCCACGUACGCGGAGCUGUCGUCGUCGCACCACGGAUCUUCUCAGGGCAGAAUCCAAGAGGCGCCCAAGCUCACCCACCUGUGACCGGGAACCGCGCGGGGGUUUUGGGGUUUUCGGUGGGGUCCGGUCCCGUUUCCUUCCUGGUGU